GUUAUCCAACACAUCAGGAUAUAUAUAUAUAUAAGUUUUGAUAUAACAUCCGUGCCUGGAGAAGGUAUUGAGAGGUAAGUUCCUUUCUUUCAGCAUCCCCUCGAAAUCUGCAAUCAUCCUUCAGAAAAGAGUCAAGAAAACAAUAUUGAACCUGGAGUAUACAUACCAGCCAACAUACAAAGCUCAAACUCCUACACUCCGACCCAAUUAUACAAAAUGACUUCCCCAAUCCCAACACAUCCUCGCAACCGCCCUACACUCACCACCCGGCCCUCCUCCGCCUACAGCCAAAAAGACAUCUACCAUGCCAUCAUGGCCUCCACAACCCAGAAUCCUAAAUCUCUCGACGGCUCGGAUUCUCAAAACUAUCAAUCCGCAUCGGCAUUCGAGUAUCCGCCCCCACCUCCUCCGUCCCCGGUGGAAUCGCGAAAUCCUCAUGCAUUCUAGACUCUUCUUCCUCUUCUUCCUCUUCUUCCCGCUCUAUUGGGGAAUCGAUAACCGUUAAUACUUACCUUUUACAUUCUCUCUCUCUCUCUCUCUCUCUCUCUCUCAAAACAACAGUUUAUUUCAUCUGGCAUGAACGGAACCAAUCCCGGGACUUCAAAACAAGCAAGUCUUUCACUUGUUUCCCAAACGAUGGGGUUCUUAAAUAACUGCAUACAUGGAUAUACAGAACACAUG